CAACCAAUUCACUACCCUCCUAAUAACUAGCUUAUCUCUCUCUCUCCUAUUCCCUGACGUUCUAACAGUUACUGUUACUAUUACUGUUCCCAAUCCCAACAAGUUGCGAACUGGUUUCUUCCCAGUGCUACAGUUAUUGUUCCAUCGCCAAAAGCCAAGCGUACCAUAUUAUUCCCACACGACGCAAAUCUUCAGCUGUUUGUGACCCUGCAAAGCCCUGUAGCCUGUAGGUCACUAUCGCCACCCGUUAAGGAUUGGACUGCACGUCCGCGCCACCAUCCCUGUUCAGGCCAAGUUGGUGUCGCCAUUGUGCCUUGUCACUUUCCCCUAAUAGGCCCCUCCUUUCGCAGUAGGACUUUUUUUGUGCCGCGGGUCCAUAUUCUGUACCCACCAGCGAAAGUGUCUGCCGCCUUUUCUCCUCCCCACCACCCACUUCUCUUCCUCCUCACCAUUCUUCUCGACCGCUUGUUCUUUUACUAUCCUUCUACGUUUGCUGUCUUCUACCGUCGACUCGUUCCUCCCCUUUUUACCUCUUCUACCUAAUAUUCGUCGACCGGUAAUUCCUCCCAUCAUCAUCUCCGACUACGAUGUCUAGAAGACCAGCACCUUCGGGCGGUAGUGCCUUACCCCCUCAAAACCGCCAGAAUGAGUACUUCGUACCAAGAGAUGGUAUCGACCGUGAGGUUAUCACGGCCGAUAUCUGUCGCUACCUUGGAAACGACGCCCUGGUUCGUCCCGGUACAUAUGAGAAUCCUCAAAGCGGUCAGAUCAUUCAGGGCUACUAUAUAAACGCCUACCGCAACUUGACGACGGCUAUGAUCGAAGACCUGAAGGCAGAUUCCGCGCGAUGGGAUCAAGAAAGGCGGCAGCAAUCGGCGAGCCGUAAUAACGCCGCCGGAGGUACUAUUGCCUCGAGAGAUUCGAACGGCUCUUAUGUCAGACUCUCUAACUCCCCUAUAGUCCAGUACCGCAAUUCGGAUACGCAUCAGUCCCGCCAAUACUACGGACCAACUGAAGCCGCCGGAUUUGCAGCGGGAACCCCGAACCGCGACCCGUAUGGUGAUGCCACGCCCAGAUAUCCAGGAACCGGUUCCGCAGGUUACACGGGAGCCGCUGGCUCCUACGCGCCCCAGCAAUAUCCUCAGGGCGGAUAUAGCUCUCAACAGGGAUAUACUACCCAGGGAUCUCAAUUCCAGCCCCCGUCCGCAAGUGUGACUUAUCCUCCGAUGCCCUCACAAGGAGGAUUUGGCCAGGCCGGCCAGGAACCUCCUUUCCAGCUGGUUGGAGCAGACUCGCGAGUGGCGCCAAACCCGUAUAAUGAUCCAUAUGCCGGCUCAAGGGUAGAUCCCAGGGAUCAGAGGACUCCCAUUACCACGAUACCACCCAGCAGGACCACCUACGCGACCUCAGGACCGCCCGUGCCACAAGGUUACCCGGCUCCCACGUCUAGCGGCGGUUAUUAUCCUUCGAACCCUUCGCCCUCAAACCCGCCCUACCCAGCCGCGCAGCCUCAAGACCCUUUCCUCGGACGCGCGUCUCCAGCAGGCACGUCCUACAAUUCAGCACAACAAGAUCCACAGUAUGAGUCAACCCCUGCUCCCUCUCGCAACUCAGCCACAGCAUCCAGUACACAACUUGCUGGUAAUGGUGGAUCGUCGUCGCGACAUCGUGAAAGGGAUAGUGUUGACCGCCAUUCCGAUUCCAGGCACGCCCACCGGUCUCACCGCCCAGGUCGAAAUUAA